AUGCUCAUUGACUCUUACUACUUGGUUGCCUCAAGUGUUGCAGCGCUCAUUGCACGAUUCAUAACAUACCCACUUGAUACCAUAAAGACUCGAGUUCAAACUAGAACCAAGAAACAUCACACAGAGUACAUACCAGUACCUACAACCACAGCUGUACCAGUUACUGACAGUUCUACCAUUCGCUGGCAAUCCUUCCGAUCGCUAUUUGAUGGCAUAGGUAUUACUUUACUUUUUUCUGUACCAGCUCUCACUGUUUACCUCACUUGUUACGAGUUCAUCAAGACUUGGCUUGAUUCUCAAUACGGCGUAACAAGUGUAUCCUGGUUACAAAGAGAUUCUUUGUUGAAUCAUGCUAUUUCAGGCUGUUUUGCUGAGUUGUCCGCGGGUAUUUUUUUUACGCCCAUGGAAGUGAUUAAGAGCCAGUUGCAAAUGCUAUCUGCCGUCAACACCAACCACCAUCAUUAUUCUUCCUUCGACAACAGUCCUCAUUCAAACAGUUAUAGAAGGCGAGUCACCACGUUAUCUUUAGCUAAAACAAUUGCAGUAACCGAAGGGUUAGUAGGGUUUUACCGUGGUUACUGGAUUACAAUUGCUGUCUUUUUACCUCACUCGGUUACUUACUUCAUCGUUUACGAAAAGCUAAAAUUUAUAUUUUGGUCUAACCCCGAAGAUCAGACAUUUGCUGUUUAUAUACUAUGUUCUGCCAUAGCGGCUGCCAUGGGAGUGCUUAUUUCAACGCCGCUUGAUAUUAUUAAAACGCGCUGGCAAGUAUCUUCUCAAGAGCAGUCAUAUCAAGGUGGCCCAUUUCAAAUUGCUAAGCAGUUAUACCAGCUUGAGGGUGGUUGGAAGGCUUUCACUCAAGGCAUGGGCGUGCGUAUUUUAUGGGGAAUACCAGCGACAACCAUCAAUAUGUCUAUAUUCGAAUGGCUCAUGAAAUUACAUAAUGAGCAAUAG